AAACAACACUUUGGAGUUUAAAAAAAAUAUGAAAGAUAAAAGCUCGAAUAAAGCAAGUCAAAUACCUAAAUUGGGUGAGUUAUCAGUUAAUAUUAUUAUGUCAAAUGAUAAAAAAACAGAAUUUUUAUGUAUAAUAAUUUUGUAGUUAAUGAUGAACCAGUGAAACGCCGUGGUAGACCACCGAAAAAGACGGAUUCUAAUAUAAUAUGUAAUGAAAAAAAUAAUUCAAGAAAUCCCACAAAAAAACAAAGAAAAGAUACAGACAGUCAGCAAGAUGCAACUAAAAAUGUUGAUGGGAAUGAGUCUGAAAAAAUUCAAGAUAAUAAUACAAUUGUUCCUACGACUAAUGAUAUAAAAAAAAUUGUUUUAUCUUCUCAAAGUAAUGUAAAUGAAAAAAAACCCACAGUUCCUUUUUGGAGAAAAGUUAAUAAAGUGGAGCAAGAAAACAAAUAUCUAAAAACGAGAGUUACAGAAUUAGAAAAAAUGAUGCUGAAUAAAAAUGGAACAGGGCCAACCAUAAACACAGAAACAAGAUUUAUCACUCCAGCAUCCUAUUUUCCAAAUAUUCAAUCACCAUCUUUACAACCUCAACAAUGUAUAUAUUUUCCUACUAUUCAAUCAUCUCCCGCAUUUCUGCAGCAAUUGCCAAGUUUUCCAGGAAUACCUUCUCUGAAUCCACAACUUGGAUUUACUAGUAAUUAUAAUUUACCAAGUUAUAAUUACUACGAUGAAAGACUUCAAUAUGCCCAAUUUCCUUAUCAUCUCUACAAUUAA